AUGACCGCCGACCUCAUGACAUCUCCCUCGCCCUUCAUGAUCUCCACUAUCCCUCCUCCACGACCCGUGUCUGUCAAUUCACUCCCGAGAACUUCAACCUCAAAUUGUAUCUCAUACCCAAAAUCCACGCGAAGCACAAGCGCUGAACUUGCCGCCCAUGAUCCCCCUUUCAGUACCGUGGGUCCCGAUCGGCCGGAAUGGAGCCUAUCUCCAGUGGAUACCGAGAUGGAGGAUGUCCCGUCAGCGGUUACACCGUCCCCGCAUCAAUCCGGGAUUCAGUUCGAGAACCUUCCAGUCGAGAUCCACGAGGCUAUUCUCGAUUAUCUCUUUGGUGAGCGGACCUCAGCUUUGACCACGAAUGCUUCAGGAAAGUCAUCCGCGCGAAGCUGGAAUAAAUCUCUGCGCCAUCCAAGACGAAAGGCUCUUUCGAACCUCUCUUUGAUUUCGCCAGUGUGGAGGGCCUUGGUCCAAGAUCGAAUCUACAGACACAUCAAACUUAAGGGCACCAUAGAUGAGCUGGAAGAAAGUGCACGCUGGUUCAGUGCGCAUCCUCACCUCGCGCCUUUUGUUCGUCAUGUAGAAAUCUGGGUUCCUGUCUGGGGCCAGCGAGCAACUAAAAGUACUACUCGUCAACUUCCACCAAGAAGGUAUAAUGAUGAGGAUGCGGGUUUGACGGAUGUAGCUGCUUUCCAGGCUGCCAUGGUAUGGGAUGAUUCCGAUACAAACCAGGGCAGCGACUACAAGUACCACUACGCAAGCCAUAAUGCCACUGUGGAAGACAUGUUCUUCCAUGUGCAAAAGUUCUUUUCCGAAGCCCGUAUUCUUACCUUGGAAGGAGGCCACUGCAAGAAACCUCCGAUGGUCCGCCACUUUAGGAACGAUCCAUCGAGUCGCACUGGACGCCAGCGUCUCCCGGUCCUUCGGGAUAUCCAGACAUUCGUCAUGCGGGGUGCCUGGAACAUCAUGCGAGACAAUCAGCACUGGUGUAAUUUAUCGUUAGCUCUACCCGGUGUUCGCGAGUGGCACUGUGCGUACGCGAAACCCAAGAUCGAAGGGUAUGAGACUAUUGCCAGAAUCCUCCAGCAACUGCCCAUGUCGAUCGUCCACCUCAACAUCAGCCUAGAAGGGUUCUACAAUAAGGACAGUUCGCCAAAUCGCUGGUUUGCCGAGGAGGUCCGCCCACCACAUCUCUGUCGUCUGCUGGGAGAGGUAGCACCACGCCUUGAGUCCCUAGCCUUCACGGGGAAAGUGUGCGCCUGUCUCUUCGAUGCGACUCGCAGUUUCAUGAAUACUUGGCCGCCAACGUCAAAACUCAAGUCCCUGGACUUGGUUGUGAAGACCUGCUGUCGGGAUAAACGAGCCACUCAGGGUCUACCAUUUUUGGAUGACUUCUCUGGCAUCACCAAUCUCAACUUCAUCCGAUCGUUUGAGAAAUUGGUUACUGGCGCAGUGCAGAGCCUUCAGGUCCACCGUUCGUUGAAUUACAUGCGUAUCCGCUUUAUUGACCUGGAUUCAGCGUGUCCCCCACUGAACCCGUACUUCCAACUCUUCGAGAAUCAGUGCACCGGUCUCUGGAGCGAGGAGAUCCUCGAAACCCUGCACGAGUCCCGCCCUGAAGCCCAUUUUGCCAAGCUCUCAGAUGGGAUCUACCCUCAAUAUGGCCAUAACCGUCAAAUUGUGGGAGCUGUAUACCCACGCACGCGGCCGCUGAGCAUCCACGCAUCCACGUACAGAAUCAUAGCUGACGUACCGAAGCCCUAG